AUGUCGUCCUCCGUCCCCCCGGUCACCGUCAACGGCGACAGCUCCUCCAAGGCGCCCGAGCAGGGCACCGGAGGCUUCCAGACCCAGUCCAAGAUGACCGUCAUCCCGCCCAAGAAGGAGGAUCUCCAGCGCAGCUAUGCGACCAUCGUCGAGAAUGAUGCCAACCCCAAGGGCUGGUACGGCACCAUGAUCAAUGGUCUCGGAAACGUCGUCGGAACCAUGGGUGCUAUCCCCUGCUGCAUCAUCUGCCCCAACCCGUUCAAGAACGUCCAGCAGGGUAAUGUUGGCCUCGUUACAAAGUUCGGCCGCUUCUACAAGGCUGUCGAUCCCGGCCUGGUCCAGGUCAACCCUCUCAGUGAGCGCCUCAUCCAGAUCGACGUCAAGAUCCAGACCGCAGAGGUCCCCGAGCAGAUCUGCAUGACCAAGGACAAUGUUACCCUGCGUCUCACCUCGGUCAUUUACUACCACAUUGUUGCACCCCACAUCGCCGCCUUCGGCAUCAACAAUGUCCGCCAGGCUCUCAUGGAGCGUACCCAGACCACCCUGCGCCACGUUGUCGGUGCCCGCGUCCUUCAGGAUGUCAUUGAGCGUCGUGAGGAGAUCGCCCAGUCCAUUGGCGAGAUCAUCGAGGAUGUUGCUGCCGGUUGGGGUGUUCAGGUUGAGAGCAUGCUCAUCAAGGACAUCAUCUUCAGCCAGGAGCUCCAGGAGUCUCUUUCCAUGGCCGCCCAGAGCAAGCGUAUCGGUGAGAGCAAGAUCAUUGCUGCCAAGGCCGAGGUUGAAUCCGCCAAGUUGAUGCGUCAAGCCGCCGACAUCCUCAGCUCCGCCCCUGCCAUGCAGAUCCGCUAUCUUGAGGCUAUGCAGGCCAUGGCCAAGUCGGCCAACAGCAAGGUCAUCUUCCUGCCUGGUGCCAACCAGACCAUGGGCAACGCCCUCAACGCAGCCAUGGCCUCCAACACUACUGGCGAGUCCAGCGGCGGCAAUGAUAAUGCCCUCAAUGACUUUGGAGGUCAGGAUUCCGGCUUUGAACAAGCCAUGCAUGCCCGCCUGGUGGAGAACAUUUAA